CUUGUGAAUCUCGCUGCACAUGUAGAUAAUUACAGAUGGACGGCCAGUUGUGGUCAGACUUUACAGAUGGAGAUGAUUAGAGAAAUGUUGCUGAUUUCUGCGCUGAUGCUCCUGCAAAUGGCAGCAGGUGUGGAGCGUGUCUGCAGGUUUAAUCAGGCUGAUCCCUGUUACGCAGCUCUCGGAGACAAACUCAGUUUACAGCUGGUGUCGAACACUCGACAUCAAGAACUGCAUUUGUAUAAGAAAUUCAAUAAUCAUAACAAACAAAUUAUUCUUUCAGUAGCAAACAAUAAUGAGACUAAACAUGAUUACAUCAGAAACAGAUGUGAGUUCAUCCUUGAUAACGGGACUCUGAUAAUAAACACUGUGACCAGAGCAGAUUUUGGGGUUUACCUUCUAAAACAUUACUUCAGGGGCAGAACGGCAUCUAAAGAUCUUCAAGUGAAUGUUGAAGGUGUGGAGCAGAUCUGUUGGUUUGAUCAGCCGGAUCCCUGUUAUGCAGCUCUGGGACACAAACUGUAUCUGCCCAUGGUGCAGGACACUCGAGAUCUUCACCUACGCUUGUAUAAGGAUUUCUACAGUCCCAGUAGCAUCACAGUGUUUGAAGUAAACGUCAAUAAAGAGACUAAAGAUGAAUCCAUCAGAAGCAGAUCUGAGUUCUUCUAUGAGAAUGGGACUCUAAUAAUAACUCACAUGAGCCGAGCUGAUUCAGGAACUUAUGAAUUACAUCAUACUGUCUCAGGCACUGUAUAUGACAGUAGACUCCGAGUGGAAGUUGAAGGUACAGUAUCUCUCUCAUCAAACUCAUCACAGUCUCAAGUUCUUCAGAAGUCUAGCUCUCAUAAAAUCAGCUGAAUCUCUGUGAAAGUCUUCAUCAUUACCUGUAGCAAACAGUAAACUCUCUGCAUCCUCUAAUCCCGCCCCCAGCUCCUAUUGGCUCAGUGCAGGUUUAUGUCAACUGCUCGUCCAGUCACACUCACAAGAGCCUCUGUGUGACGCCCUGCACCAGU